UACAUCCGGUGUGAACUUAGUUCUAGAAACAUAUGAAAGUGUACAUUUUCAUUUAUUUUCUGUCGUCAUAUUUAGCCACGGAUUCGCGUGCGCGUUAGUUACAUUCAAUAUUUUGUUUUAUGUUCGUUUCUUGUUUGAUUCUGAACCGUGAACGCGUUUCGUGAUUUUCACGGAGUUGGAUUCUGACUUGGCAGACGCAUCGUCGUAGUGGAAGGUUGGUGUGGCCGACUCGCGUUUUUCUGGUGCAAGUUUCACCGAAGGUUCAACAAUUAAUCCCAUCAGUGAGCUCUCGUCCAGUGGGGCGCUACCGUUUUAUAUGACUUUAGCAAGAUUUACAGAGACUACAGUACUGAGCGAGGAGAGUGGUCGGAGUGUGGUCGCAAGUAAAGCCGGCUGUCGACGAGCGUGCAUGACGCUUCACAUAACUAGUAAUACUGCCCGCAGGUUAGAUACUCGCGACGCUAUAUGUUGCAGAAGAUCAAAGUUUUGCAGUAACAGACAUCGGAAGCUGCUGCCGCUGCGGCAAACGUGACUGGCGCGCCCCGCGGGUGCUCCCUGCCCGCAUGCCCUUUUAGACGCCACCGAGCGCGAUCCAGUGUCAAAAAGAAACCGCCUCUGGAAUAAUUAGUUAGAAUAAGAGAUAGUAUAAUGGGGUCCUUAAACGUGAACCGGAAUGUGGCGGACGCGUUCUACCGCUACAAGAUGCCGCGCAUCUGCGCCAAGGUUGAGGGGAAGGGGAAUGGCAUCAAGACUGUCAUCGUCAACAUGAUCGAGGUGGCCAAGGCGCUAGGACGACCUGCCACGUAUCCGACCAAGUACUUUGGUUGUGAGUUGGGAGCUCAGACGCAGUUUGAUUUCAAAAAUGAGCGUUUCAUUGUCAACGGAAGCCACGACUCUUCGAAACUACAAGAUCUACUCGAUGGCUUCAUCCGCAAAUUCGUGCUGUGUCCGGAGUGCGACAACCCAGAGACGGAGCUGAUCGUGUCGACGAAGCGCAACACGAUAUCGCAGGGUUGCAAGGCUUGUGGGUACCACGGCCAGCUCGACUUCAACCACAAGCUCAACACCUUCAUCCUCAAGAACCCUCCGGCGGCAGAUCCAGCCAUGCAGCAGGGCUCAUCUCUGACGGAAGGCAACCGCGGUAAGAGGUCCAAGCGAAGCGGACCAGCUGCUAAUGGAAACCACGACGGAGAAGCAGACGCCAAGAACGAAAGUGACGCUCCCAUAACCCCGACCGCUCCCAACCCCAGGAAAGAGAAGAAGGAGAAGAAAAAGGAUGACGACGACGAUGACGGCAACUGGACCGUCGAUGUGAGCGAGGCUGCCGUUAGGGCUAGGAUGCAAGAUCUGACGGAGGGCGCUAAGAGUAUGACCGUGUCCGAAGACAGCGAGAAGAACGAAAAGCAGCGUAUGGAUUUGUUCUACUCUUUCCUCAAGCAGAAGGCGGACGCUGGAGAUCUGGACAGCAAGGCCAUCAAUGAGAUCAUUCACGAAGCCGAGAGACUUGACGUCAGGUCCAAGGCGCCGCUGGUGGCGUUCGAGAUCCUGGUGCGGGCCAACAGCCUGGCGGGGGACGUGCGGAAGCACCGCACGCUGCUGCUGCGCCUAGGGGCCCUCGACCCCCGCGCCCCUCGCGCCGCCCUGCACGCCCUCACGGCACUCGUGCACCAUAAUCCCACGCUCUUGCCUCGCGUGCCCGCAAUACUCAAGCUCUUGUACGAUCUGGACAUAGUAGAAGAAAAGACCAUAAUCGAGUGGGGCGCGAAGCCUUCCCGCAAAUAUGCCUCCAAGGAGGUCGUGGCGGAUAUCGGUCGUCGCGCACAACCUUUCAUCGACUGGCUGCAGCAGGCCGACGAGGAAGACUCCAGCGAAGACGAAGAGGAUAUUGAGAUUGAAUAUGACGACCGCGCAAAGGCGACACCCAUAAAGGCCGUCAGUGCGGCUCCUCCGAAACCGGCGCAGAAAGAUGAGGACGGAGACAUCGACGUCGACAUCGAUGCCAUAUAGACAACUCUAAUCUCACGUCGACCGUGCUUCUCUUCUCCCUUCUUCUACCGGCUGAACUCUUACUUACAACAUUUUAAUCUAUUUCUCGAAACCUCCCGAAGCACGGUCGACGCCCUCGGCCGGACCCCGUGUACAUUAAGUCAUUAGAAUUUUUACAAGUCAUUAAAUUUUAAUGUAAAGAAAUAUUUAAUCUAGCGCUUCGUUAGGAAUUAGAUUUAAAUUAUAUCUCCGUGGACGCUCACGUACACGUCCAAUUCUGUCGAGCCGGUUCGCGUAGACCGAUGUGAACUACUUUAGUAACGUAGAGAAGAUAUUAAAUAUAUGAUUAUAUUCUUUUUGCGUGAAUUGUUUAAAAAAUGAUUUUUCUAAAUGGGUUUUGACGUUUCAAUCGAUUAAUCGCUAGCGGUGUUUUUAUUUGAGGGCAUUUACAAAUGUGAUAAAGCUAAACGUCACAAAGUACCAAUUGUACAAUUGUUUGAUUUGUAUGAGUUUUUACGUUUUAGUAUUUAAUUGUGAAUCGGUGAUGACGGCGGACCAUAUGCGCAUUUAACGAGGUCGUCGAUAUAUAUGUUAUAUAUUAUAUUAGAUAUUGGGCGAGUUCACAAAUUGCCGAGGCGGAUGCGGGCUCAAAAUACAUUCUAUUCACGAAAUGAAUAUACAGGAUGUUGGAGAAUCGGUCCUAUGUAAAAAAUAUAAAUACCUGUAUAAAACUAGUGCGAAUAGGAUACCUGGGAACUGCUUGCGUUGCCCGAAUGAUUGAAUUGGAGCCGCUUUUGCAAUUUGUACUCGCCCAAGCCGUGCGAGCGUUCACUUGGUAUCGGAAAUAUUCCUAGAUUAUUUUAAAAUUGCCACCUUUAUUAGAUUUGUUUUUAUUCAAUACAUUUGAACUUGAA